AUGGAUCUCAGAGCGCUGAUUGUGUUUCUGUCUCUCUGGAGCUCAGGGUUCUGGGCUGAAGACACACAGAGGGCAAAAGAGUUGCCUGGUGAUGUCAGGCUGGUGGGAGGAGCCAGCCGCUGUGCUGGUAAAAUAGAGAUGAAACUCCAGGGAGAGUGGAAAUCACCAUAUAGGCCUAAAACAAAGACUGAGGGCCUCCGUGUUGAUCAAAUAGAGGUUGAUCGCUUUGGGAAAACAGUGGAUGAAUUGCCUUCUUCCAAGGUGGAGAUCACCUGUUCAGACUCUGUCAGGCUGGUGAAUGGGACCAGUCUGUGCUCAGGCAGACUGGAGGUGAAGCCGAACCACUCUAACCAGUCAUGGUCCCCAGUGUGUGAAGCAGACUUUGAUCAGCAGGAUGCAGAGGUGGUCUGCAGGGAGCUUGGCUGUGGGCCUCCUUCAUUCCUCCAGGGGGCGCUCUAUGGAGAAGUGGAGGCUCCAAUGUGGACCAAAGAGUUCCAGUGUGGAGGCCAUGAGUCUGCUCUCCUGGACUGUAGAAGCUCAGAACCUGGUGGUGUCAGGCUGAAUGGAGGGGCCAACCGGUGCGCUGGCGUGCUGGAGAUGAAAUGGCUCGACGAAUGGAAACCAGUGGCUGCGGACAGCUGGAACCUGCUAAAAUUAGCAGACUCUGUCAGGCUGGUGGAUGGGACCAGUCUGUGCUCAGGCAGACUAGAGGUGAAGUCAGACGAGUCUAACCAAUCAUGGUCCCCAGUGUGUGAAGCAGACUUUGGCCAGCAGGAUGCAGAGGUGGUCUGCAGGGAGCUUGGCUGUGGGCCUCCUUCAUUCUUCCAGGGGGCGCUCUAUGGAGAAGUGGAGGCUCCAAUGUGGACCAAAGAGUUCCAGUGUGGAGGCCAUGAGUCUGCUUUCCUGGACUGUAGAAGCUCAGGCUCAGAGAGGAACACCUGCUCACCUGGCAAAGCUGUUGGACUCACCUGCUCAGAUCCUCCAGGUGAUAUCAGGUUGGUGGGAGAGGCCAGCCGCUGUGCUGGAAUACUGGAGGUGAAAAACCAGAGAGAGUGGAGAUCUGUGUUUGAAAUUGAUCAUGGAUGGAAUCAUACGUCUUCAGCUGGAGCUGCAGUGUGUAGACAGCUCGAUUGUGGUUCUUUUCUUUCAACGUAUGAAUCCGAUAAUAAGGAUUUAGUCAGUACUGUGUGGUGGAUCAACUCCUCUUGUGUUGACUCGAGAUCGACACUGAAGGAAUGUACGACAACUAGAGGGAAUUCGUGCAGUUCUGCCGGCCUGAAAAUCAUCUGCACAGACUUGCUGGCGGAACCAAACAUCUCCUCCUGUCCCUCCCCUGACGGGGUCUCUGAUGUCAAGCAGCAGGGGGUCCAGGUGCUCAUGGGCUCCAACUUCACCCUCAGGUGCUCUGUUGAACCACAGUUCCCAGGAGGCUACUUCCAGCUUAUCUCCACCUCCUCCAACAGAGCUCAGAACUACACCUUGCCAGCUGUCAAUCACUCCGCCCAUUUCCUGUUCUUUGCUGCAGACCACACCCACCGAGGGGAGUAUCGCUGUGUUUAUCACAAUUAUGUUUUCUAUCAUAACUUCUCCUCUGAGAGCCAGCCACUCCAUGUCACUCUGGCAGGCAUCAUUCCUCCUCUGGUGACGUCAGCCGGAACCAGGAAGUACCGAGUAGCUUGUUGUGAGUUGUCGCGGUGGCUUCUUUCUGUUGCUGGUGUCUUCUCUCCUCCUGGCUCAUAA